CCCCCCCCCCCCCCCCCCCCCCCCCCCCCCCCCCCCCCCCCCCCCCCCCCCCCCCCCCCCCCCCCCCCCCCCCCCCCCCCCCCCCCCCCCCCCCCCCCCCCCCCCCCCCCCCCCCCCCCCCCCCCCCCCCCCCCCCCCCCCCCCCCCCCCCCCCCCCCCCCCCCCCCCCCCCCCCCCCCCCCCCCCACCCCCCCCCCCCCCCCCCCCCCCCCCCCCCCCCCCCCCCCCCCCCCCCCCCCCCCCCCCCCCCCCCCCCCCCCCCCCCCCCCCCCCCCCCCCCCCCCCCCCCCCCCCCCCCCCCCCCCCCCCCCCCCCCCCCCCCCCCCCCCCCCCCCCCCCCCCCCCCCCCCCCCCCCCCCCCCCCCCCCCCCCCCCCCCCCCCCCCCCCCCCCCCCCCCCCCCCCCCCCCCCCCCCCCCCCCCCCCCCCCCCCCCCCCCCCCCCCCCCCCCCCCCCCCCCCCCCCCCCCCCCCCCCCCCCCCCCCCCCCCCCCCCCCCCCCCCCCCCCCCCCCCCCCCCCCCCCCCCCCCCCCCCCCCCCCCCCCCCCCCCCCCCCCCCCCCCCCCCCCCCCCCCCCCCCCCCCCCCCCCCCCCCCCCCCCCCCCCCCCCCCCCCCCCCCCCCCCCCCCCCCCCCCCCCCCCCCCCCCCCCCCCCCCCCCCCCCCCCCCCCCCCCCCCCCCCACCCCCCCCCCCCCCCCCCCCCCCCCCCCCCCCCCCCCCCCCCCCCCCCCCCCCCCCCCCCCCCCCCCCCCCCCCCCCCCCCCCCCCCCCCCCCCCCCCCCCCCCCCCCCCCCCCCCCCCCCCCCCCCCCCCCCCCCCCCCCCCCCCCCCCCCCCCCCCCCCCCCCCCCCCCCCCCCCCCCCCCCCCCCCCCCCCCCCCCCCCCCCCCCCCCCCCCCCCCCCCCCCCCCCCCCCCCCCCCCCCCCCCCCCCCCCCCCC